ACUGCGCUGCAGCGCUCUCCAACGUAAUCCACCUGACAGGCUCACCAUGUUCUCCAUCCAUCCGCUCAUCUCCUGCGUGCUGUUGCUCGUCGUCUGCCUCUCCAGCUCAGGGGAGAGUUGGCCUCAUGUAGCCCACAGAAGCACACCUCCUGCUGGGGACAGGGCGGACAACCAGAAGGCCCAGCUUUUGGAGGCAGUGAAGAUGGGGAUCCUCAGCUCAUUGGGUACGGACAGGGAGCCCAAGAUCAAACAAAAGGCCACUGACCAGGAGCUGAGGAAGAUGUAUCAGCUCUACAGGGAAAAACUAAGAGAGAAGAGAAGAAAUUCCAGCCUGCUGAUGAGUGAAACCAGGCAAUCCACAGUUUCUACACUUCUCUUUCCAGCCACAGUGGAGGCGGCAAAAGUGCCUUGGAGGGGAGAACGCCCACAACCUGCUCGACAGUGGUACAGAGCUGUUUUCCAUAAAAACUCACACAUCCACGCUCAAAUGACACUAGUUUCAGCAGAACUGAAAAUCACCAGGCUGAACCUGAAUCAACCCACAACAGUUCAGCCUGAGGUAAAUCGAGACAUUAGAGUUAAAGCGACUGGCAUGAGGUCGACGAACUUGGCUGUUUGGACACAUGCAGACUCUGUGGUGCAUGUAAAUGUCUCUGGAGAUUCUGGAGACGUGGUGUUGGACCUCAGCCCUGAGGUGGAGGAGUGGAUGAGAGGCGAUGAUGGUCAGCGGCUGGUUGUGGAUGUGGGUGUGGCUGUAGUUGACAGCGACGCCCUCAAAGCAGACCCCAUCAUUUCUCUGGCCUUAGGCCUCAUGCAGCCCAAAGCAGCACAGAGGAUGCGACGCUCCAACAAAGAGGAUGACUGUGAUGAGCAGGGGUGGUGCUGCAGGAAGUCAGUCACAGUGUCCUUCAAAGAAAUCGGCUGGACAGACUGGGUCGUGGCCCCAACCGAGUACACGAUGCAUUUCUGCGACGGCACAUGCCCCCACAACUACAAACCAGCCAGCAUGCACACGCAGGUGAAGUCACGGCUGCACCAGAUCACCCAAGGAGGGACACCUCGGCCCUGCUGUGUGCCGGCGGCCUACGAGCCCAUGGUUCUCAUGCACUACGACAGCAAGGGAAAGUUAAAACUGACACCCUUUGAUGACUUUAUUGUCAGUAAAUGUCACUGCGCUUGAGGGAAGGAAGGUUAUCCAUGCUACUUCCUGUAGGCCUUAAUCUUUGGGGUGGUUUUUGUUUUUCCAUUGGGGGAAGAAAAUGUUACGUGGUGAAAGGAAAGGUGACAGUGUUUUUGAACAGAAGCAUUUUUUUAUUAUUAAGUUUUUUUAUUGUUAAGUUUCUUUUCUCUUUUGAAGAUGAAACCAUGUUACUGCUGAGUCACUGUUUUGUUUGGCAUUAUUUAUUUUAAGUUAUAUUUAUAGUCCUAUUUGUGUCAUUUUGGUUUUUACAGUUACCAUAUAUUAUAUACGUUACUAUUUCAUUCUAAUGUCGUUUUUUAAAGUAUUAUAUUGUCUUAUGAGAAGAGCUGGCCCUACGCAUACACUUGUUACUCUAUGUCUCACAAGAGAGCAUUAUCAUACUUGAAAACCAACGCUGGUCGCGGCCUUCAUACAGUGAUUGAUUGAUCAGUUAUUGACAAUAGUCGAUUGUUUUUGGUGGUGGGAAGGAGAAUCAAAUCAAAUUCUGCUUAGGGUCCAAUAAAUGCUCGGUCCAGCUCUGUUUACAAGGCACGUGGUUCAGAUUAAGAUUUGUCGUCUUCAACAUUUCACUCAACAAAAUGUCCAAAUAGAUGCUCCGAUUGAUGCUGACGGAAGUGUUGCACUUGAAUGUAUCCACAUGUACAUUUCAUAAUAAAUACACUCACAUGA